AUGGGUGUUUUCGAGAGCUGGUGCUUGCUGAUGGUUGGGUUCGGUGUGGUACUGCUGCUGGCGGGACGAGGUUCUCAAGCACAAGACUUUAAAGGCGCGAUAGACCACUGCACGAAAGACUUCGAGAUGGACAUGGACAUUGUGGUGUCACUGAAGUACGGCGAUUUUACGGAGCGUGAUCCGCUUAUUGAGUGCUUUACCGAAUGUUUGAUGAAGAAGUCAGGCUUCAUGUACGACGACUAUACCUACAACAAAACGCUGAUCAUCGGUUUCGCCGGUCGGUAUCUGGAACCGGAGGGGGCACAAGCAGUGUACGAUAACUGCAUCGACCGCUUCGGGCAGACGGUGUGCGUUACGGGGUUCGAGAUGUACCAGUGCAUCCAUGAAACGGCCGUGUCGGAGUGGGUCUCCAGCAACUUCUAG